AAAAAGUCAGCAGGGCCUGCAGAGGAUACCCUAUAUGCCCCGUGAACGAGGCGACAAAAUAAUAUCACGUGAUCCAAAAUGGGCAGUCCUCUGACGGUGCUGAAAAAAGCCAUUUUCUGGCGCUGCUGCAAAUUCUGUCCAAGUCCAAAUAAUUUACCUGGAUCCUCGUUGGGAGGAGAGGGAAACUUUUAUGUCUAAUCAGUCGGACGGCGGAGCUCCGGAGAAAUGGAAACGCUCUUUGUUGGUCCGCUGGUCGAGGAGCAGAGCUGAUGCAUAAGAUGAGGCCACACAGGGGCGAUUCAAUAGUCGGCUGCUGUGUACCAGCACACAGGCUGCAUUUAGCUGCACAGCCCCUGCUCUUUACACGCUAUUCAACGCUACAACAUGUCAUUACAGUUGUUUAUGUUGGCCAUCAGCUCUCUUUGUUGUGGUUUCACAACCUGCUGUCCCAAGGACGAGCUGCAGACAUUGCACUGUGGCAGACACUCAUUGACCAUAUGGGCAAGACUUAUAGUCUUAACAAGCACAUUUACAUAGGCUCCUGUGCACUACUGUGUAACAAAAAGCUCUCGUGUUGUUAUUUGUUUCCUCUGCAGAUCUGUCCAGAUGGAUAAAAUGCAGCCCAACCGGAUUAAAAUCACAGAUCUGAAUCCUCACCUCACAUGCCCACUGUGCGCUGGUUACUUAAUUGAUGCUACAACCAUCGUAGAGUGCCUGCACUCCUUUUGUAAAACAUGCAUUGUUGCCUUCCUGGAGACAAAUAAGUUCUGCCCUCGAUGUGACGUUCAGGUUCACAAGACAUGUCCACAGCUCAGCAUCAGAGCAGACAAAACUCUUCAAGAUAUUGUUUAUAAGCUUGUUCCGGGGUUAUUCAAAGAUGAGAUGAAACGGAGGCGGGACUUCUAUGCAGAGAAUCGUGUGCUGGAACCAGGGGAGGUGGUGGAGACGUUUAACAUAGCAGAGGAUGAAAUCAUCAGCCUGUCCAUACAGUUCUAUGAGAGGAACAAAAAUAAUGAGAGGCAGCAUUCAGACAUGGAAGGAGACAAGUCCAAUGGUAAACGCUUCCUGCAGUGCCCAGCAGCCAUGUCCGUCAUGCACUUAGCAAAGUUCCUCCGAAGCAAGAUGGAUAUUCCCAACAACUAUCGGGUGGAGGUGUUGUAUGGAGAUGAGCCCUUGAAGGACUACUACACACUAAUGGAUAUCGCCUACUUCUAUGAGUGGAGAAGAACUGGACCCAUCCCCCUGCAGUAUCUGGUCAAACCCACCCGGAAGCGCAGGAGGCCGUCCCAGUCUGCCGCCCAGGGCCACUCUGACGGCGUCAACACCAGCCCGACAUCAGAGAGCGACUCCCAGAGCGACAAAGUCCACAGUCCUGCUGCAGCCCAGCCCCCCCGAGCCUCCUCGCAGUCCAGCCCUGCGUCCCACAACCUCUCCCCUGCCAUCCAAAGCUCCAACGGUACCACUGUGCCCAACAACACUCAGCGACACACUCUCGCCUCCAAACAGGGCGCCAAUGCUCGGAAGGUGACUGUCAACGGCACGAGCUCUGGAGCCGGCAAAGAGGAGGCGAGGGGAGGCGACAAAAGCGGGUUGCCCCCGACGACCUAACGUGUACACGGGGCAGCAGGGAGGACAGUGUGUGAAUUGCUCCCUUCUUUAUUUCUACAGAGCAAAAAGACGAGCUGGAGCCUUCUACUUUCUGGACAAACAGGAGGCAGAUUACUGUUAUGAUCUUUCAGCAGGAAAGACUGAAAAGUGCAGCCAAAUAGACACUUGUAUGUAUGUGUGUGUGUGUGUGCGUGUGUGCGUGUUUAUGUGUGUUAGACUAGAACAAUGCACACAUACAAACUGUACAGUAUGUAUCAAAUGUGAGCAUGUGUGCAUACAUAUGUAUAAACUUAUCUUUUAUACAAGAUAUUGUAAUCGUUUUGUAUUGUAUAUGCAGUGGGUCUGUUUCAUUUCCAUACUGUAGUUCAUCAACAUUGAUUUUGCUCCAUUCACAACAAAAUGCUGAAAGGCCCUGCAGUGUUCAUCACUGCAGAAGUUGGAUGUAAUGAAAAAAAAAAAAAAGUCUAAUCCUCGCCUUUGAAUGGUCAUGUUAAUAACUGCUGUAUAAGUGUCCAGUAUAAGUAACUGCUCAUCAGGUAACACAGGUACAUUACAUUAAACUGCUGAUGCACUUUGUUAAGGUCACAUCACACAAUCCAAACCAACAAGUAUUUUCCAACAGGAGAAGCAUUUAUAUUUUACAAGAUUCCAAGCACUACCAUGCUCGCAAGCCAGAUGUUUGUCAGCAGA